CAUCCACAGGUCAUUGGCCCAAAAUGGGUUGGCCCCGCCCCAAUCACCGCGGCAGCUGGCGGCGGAGGGCGGUGCCUGCCCACCGGAGGGUUUAAAAAGGGCCUUGGCCGGGGCUGCGCAGCUGGAGCGACUCAGAGGUGCCAGGCCAGGUGUGCGCGUCCCUCGGUCCUUCCGUGCCCGCGCCGGAGACCUGCCCGGAGGACGCCGGGCCCGUCCCUGUGCCCGGCACCAUGAAGCAGGCAUCCGCAGCCCAGGACACCUCACCCGCCUCGCCGUCCGCCUCCCCGCCCGCGGAGCCCCCGCGGGACGAAGGCGAGCCCCGGGCGCUGUGGAUUUUCGGGUACGGCUCGCUGGUGUGGAGGCCCGACUUCGCCUAUAGCGACAGCCGCGUGGGCUUCGUGCGCGGCUACAGCCGCCGGUUCUGGCAGGGAGACACCUUCCAUCGGGGCAGCGACAAGAUGCCUGGCCGAGUGGUGACCCUUCUCGAAGACCAUGAGGGCUGCACUUGGGGCGUGGCAUACCAGGUGCGAGACGAACAGGUGAGCGAGGCCCUGAAGUAUCUACACGUGCGGGAAGCAGAGCUCGGUGGCUAUGAUACCAAGGAGGUCACCUUCUGCCCCCAAGAUACCCCUGACCAACCACUCAAGGCAUUGGCCUAUGUGGCCACCCCACAGAACCCUGGGUACUUGGGCCCACGCAGGGGACUCAUUGGGCAGCGAGGGCUCCUCUCCCCGAGCCUCUGCCUGUCCAUCAGUCUCCAGCUCUCUCCUGCCUGA